UGUCGCUUUCAUUCAUUGUUGAUUCUCCUCAUUCAUUGUUACACUUCGGAAGGAGCAACAACAGUGGAACCGCGCUCGGUUGCUGAGGAAAAACAGCUCUUUUUCAGCAGCAAUCAGCAGUGUGUAAAGUGUGGUACGGAAAAAGGGAAAACAAUACUACCCCCAUGUGUGUGUGUGUGUGUUUCUGUAGGUGAAGUUAUAAAAAAGAGAGAAAUAAUACUUUGUGUGUGAUUUUGUACGCGUUGCGGUACAGUCCUUUUUUCUGUUUGGCCAAGGUGUAGUGAUCGCAAGUGACAGAUCGAUAGUAAAUAAACACUAAGGAAACGUCGGUGAGUAGCGCCGCUGGCGCUACUACUGUAAACAAAUCGGCAGCAAUCGGCAACGCCAUCGAAAAUGGUGUAGAAGGCGCAGAGGGCGCAUAAGUAAAGCUUCCGGUGGUGUGAUACGUACAUUCCACGAGACGUUCUUUCGUUUUGCAAGCAAUUCCCCACCCAUACAACGGAAUAGAAAAGCAAAAACGAUACGGGAACUGUGUGUGUCCCCCACACUGUCGUCUCUCCAGUGCAUGAAGGAAGAAAGUGAAGCAAGAAACCCUGUGCAAUAAUUAGCGUGCUACACAAAAAAAGGAGGGUGCAGUGAGAGAGAAUUUUCCAACAAAUAAAAAAAUAAAAACCCCUUGCUCGUGGAACAGAUCGCGCCCCACCACCGGACGCGCAGCAACGAUGAUGAAUCCGAACCAUUCCGGUGCGUCACGGCGGCCGUACUCGCGCGGUGCCGUACCGCGCAACCGCUCCCGGAUGCCGUUCUCGCCGCACCAUUCGCACCACGCGAACCGGAACCAUGGCGGGCACAACCAGUCCUGGUACAACAAGGACAUGGAGAAUAGCUUUAACUACGGUGACAGCGGCAGUAGUCCGAAAGAGUCAUCCUUCACCUACACCUCCAAGUCCCCGCCGGUGCAGUUGCAUUCCCCUCCCAUAGCGGGCCGCCCGACGGCGGCCACCAUACUAAUGCCUUACGGUGCUGCUGACGAUGGUAGUAUUAAUAAUAGAUCUCAACAAAUUCUUAGAGCCGGCCCGAGCCACAUUGACCGACACCGGAUCAAUAUGGGCGGUAAUAGUAUGCAGGAGCGCAACCGGCACACGAUGAGUGCGUCCUCGAUCGAUCGCCAUCUGAAUCACUUCGAGGGGCCAUCCAACUCGACGCGCGGCGCGGAUCUGCACGGUGGCGACGCACGCUCGGUCCUGUCGAUGGACUCGAUGCGCAACAGCCGCGACAACAACGGUGGCGCCCGCGAGCGCUUCAGCCCGCACUAUCACCCCGGUGGUGGUAGUGGUGGUGGGGGUGGGAGCGGCGGCGGCAAUGGUUCCGGACCAGCCGGUGGAAGCAAUCAGGGCUCGUCGCCCCCGUACUGCCCGGUGGAUGGGAUCGGGGGCAACGGUGGCAUCAAAUCGGACAGCCCGUCGCGCAAGCGGCGGCGUGUUUCGUCCCGGCUGCCGAGCCAAUCGCCGCCGGCCGCCAUCUGGGAGCAGCGCCGCUCGCCCCGCAACGGUGGCGGCAUGAUGUCGCUGAUGGGCACGAGCGGCGCUAAUGGCGGUGGUAAUGGGCAGGGCAGCAACGGUGGCUUGGGGAACCAUGGCAUGAACGGGCACCACAGCAUGUCCCAGCAGCAGCAGCAGCAGCAGCAGCCGCAAUCGUCGCAAAGCGGCCAGCAGCAGCAGCUGGUACCGCCGCAACUGCACCACCGUGACCAUCCACAACCGCAUCAUCAUCACCCGAUGCACCAUCACCACCAUCACUCGCAGCAGCAGCAGCAGCAACAGCAACAGCAGCAGCAGUCUCAUCAUCACACGAACGGGGGAGGAUCGCAUCUGCACCCGAGCUCGGGCGGUGGUCUGGCGGCAGCCGUCAUAUCGCAGCUUCAGUCGCACGCACACCAUCCGCAGGGCAGUCCGCCGAUCCGGCGGCCCCGCUUCCACCGUGAUCAGCAAUCGCAGCAGCAGCAGCAGCAGCCUCAGCAGCAGCAACAGCAGCAGCAGCAGCAGCAGCAACGUCCCUGGGAGUCGCUGACGCAGGUGUUCCAACAGGCUCCGGCCGCGCAGGCCCAACAUCAACAUCCGGCCUCCUCGCUGAUGGUCGACAUUAACCAGGUGCCGGUCAGUCUGCCGCUCGGCCAUCACCACGAGCAGCUGUGGACGUACUCGGCCGGGCCGCACAUUUCAAUCUGCUCCGGGCACCCGGCCGCACCGCAUUUGCCACCGUGUCAGGUCCAUGGCGUGUACUCGCAACCGUUUGCACAGACCUGCGGUAUUGGCGGGCAUUUCGGGGGCUUUGCCUCGUCCGCUGGGCCGGCACUGGCCGUUCCGCAUCCACCACCGCACCAAGCGCACUACCAGCAUCCCCAUCUGGCACAGCAGCGCACCGACGGCUUGACGCUGGACGGGUUGGAGCAUGCCGGCGGGUCACCGUUGCACCUGUCGCCGCUCGCCACCCACGCGCACCAUCUGCACGGUGCCUCGCCGCAGAUGACGCAGCUGACCGCGGCGGCCCAACCGAUCUACAUUUCCACCGAGGUAAGUGCCGUGGGCAGUGAGGUGCCCCGAACGGGCGUCACACCCGCCGGAACACUGAUCCCACUGAUCGCGAACGUCCCGCAGGGUCGCAACUAUGAGAUACUGCACCGGACGGUUCGCCGGGCGAUCACGGCACCGCGGCGCAACUUUGCCCGCUUCCACUGGCCCGGCCCACCCCCGCCGCCGCCGCCACCGCCGCCACCGGCGCACCAUCAGCACCACCAUCCGGGCCACCACCCGACGCAUCACCAUCGGCCCCACGCGCCACCACCACCGGCCGCCCUGCAGGCCCAUCCGCAGCCGCUCGGCCAUCCGCAGCCGGCCCACGUCACGCUGUCGGCCACCACGUCCGCCUACUCGGGCAUACUGCUGAACUUCCUACCCGUCCGAUGCCCUUUCAGAGCGAUGUUCCCGCUGUCCUCGUACGGUCCGCCGGACCUGAACUCGCCGGACUCGAACGAGACGGAAAAUUACGAAGCGCUGCUCAGCCUAGCCGAGCGUCUGGGCGAGGCGAAACCGCGCGGUCUGGCACGGCCCGAAAUCGACCAACUGCCGAGCUACAAGUUCAACGCAGAAACUCACACCGGUGAUCAAACAUCGUGCGUGGUUUGCAUGUGUGAUUUCGAGGCGCGUCAAAUCCUGCGGGUGUUGCCCUGUUCGCACGAGUUCCAUGCUAAAUGCGUUGAUAAGUGGUUGCGGUCCAAUCGCACGUGUCCAAUAUGCCGCGGCAACGCGUCGGAGUACUUCGAAAGCAGCGAGGAACAGUAAUCAUGAACACCGGCACAAACCGACGCAAUCGAAAGCCAUUCGGUAGGUGUGUAUGUGUGCUAGUUUUCGGAUUGUGGCAAGUUGGUGUCUACUGCCGCGCGGAGGACGGUGUUGACGAGUUUAAACAAAUCUACGUUGUCGUGUUUGUCACCUUUUGCAAUAUUCUACCAAUCAGCGUCUCAGUAAACAAAAACUGCCUCAUCAGGAACAGUCCCUGGCAGAGUAUGCUUUACGUCUUUCACAUUUAAAUCGCGCUAGUGAAAUCCACUGUAGUGUUUGCCACCCACCAACAGGCUGUUGCUUUUUAUCUGGCCUCUUCUUGAGCGCAAAAUCGCUAAAGUUUUCCUUUCCUCGAUACAGAUAUGCGAAUCUCAAGCAGCAGUAAGCUCACAAACACACAUAAAAAUAUCUUACGAAAGCUUGUUAAGUGGUUUUGUGUAAGUUUUUGCUUUACUAACAUCAUUUGAAUUGCUGCCACCUCAAAGUUACUAACGAGAACACUUUAUAGAAGAGUUUUGCGAGUGAAAACAAGAGUCUGUUGCAUGUGGUAACAGGAAUAAAUCUAUGAGCUACAUAUGUGGAUGUUUCCUUUCCAAAUUAGGUUAUUGUUUGUAGAUGCUUUAGAAGAGUUUGCAAACGAUAUGGAUAAGCGUGUCCUGCAAUUAGGUUACAAAUGGAAUGGCAAUAAUACAACGGCAACAAUGGCAGCGUUAUGAAUUCAAUGUUAUUCCUAUGUUUUGCACCUGUUUUGCCAGCAGGAGAGAGGGAGUAAAUUCAAACUGCGACGAUUCAGCAAAAAACAAAAGUGCGCUAAUUGCGAGCAGCAACCACAAGCAUAAUAUUAAACUGCAAACAAAACAAAACAAUGGUUAUCCAAGCGAAUAAUCAGUGAAACCACGAUAGAACCCGGAAUGACAAUGCAAACGCCAUUUCGCAACCACCCAAGAGCAAUAAUUCGAAAACAACAAACAAAGCAACCAAGCUCAGUCAACGUAUACAACACACAAUUGUUUUCAUAUGCCAUAAUAUAAGUAGCGAAUGGGGAACGAUAUAAUACUGCUAACUAUGUAUAGCAUUACAAACAUGCAACAAUAUUGUUAUGCAACAACCAAAAAAAAGGAAAAAAAAAUCUCAAAAAGGAACAUUUUUAUUCCAAUGUCCAAUGGCGCGUUUGACAAUGGCACUACGUCAACAGUACGGCAAGAUUUGCUACAAAAUUUUAAACACUUUUAAAAAGUCUAUUACAGCACCUGACUAUUGCUUUUUAUCGGUAUUGUUCUGUUUCAAUGCGGUUGUUUUUUCUUCAUCAUACUUUAACGGUUUUUUGAGUAGUAAAUCGCGUAUCGUAACAUUCUUACGUCUGUUUUCUUGCUUAACAAACAAACAACAAACAACUAUCCUAGUUAAGUUGCAUUUUUUAAAACACAAUUUGUUGUUCGUUUAAUCGACCGGAUUACACGCACCACGGUAGAAGAUGAUUGUGUGCCAUCACGGGUGGCCUCAUAGGUUUAUGUCUAUAUUUAGUGUGUAACCCAUGUAAGCAAACGUUCAGCAGUCGGUUCGUGUAGCUGUUUGCAUGGUUGUGGUUUUUAUAGUAUCAAAAUAAUUUUAUACUUAUCGAAAUGCUUGAUCAACGAAUAACCUGUGUGUACACACCUCUCAAGUCGGUGAAAUAGCAAUGAACAGUAAUGAUUGUUAAAACAUACGUAGGACCAAUGCCAUAAUAGUCACGAUAUUCGAUAUAAGCAAAUAGUAUGACCACAAGAGCAAGUUAGAAUCUUUUAUCUUGUUUUUGUUUGUUUUAUCACUAACAAAUCUCGUAAUGAUCAAUUUCAACCAGAGUUACCUUACACAUAUUGGUUUUGCCUCGAUAGCAUUUUACAUUAUAGCAAUCGCUUAAGCUCUUUCUUCUACUAUCGCCACCAACGUUAUGUUUUGUGAAGGACCAACCCACGAACCUAUAGUUUUGUCAUACUUUUGUAAUUUGUAAGGUCAGAUUUUCAUGCACUUUUCAUCAGCGCUGUUCUGCUCUACUGCUUAUAAUGCUUCUUUAACAAUCGUUGCACGUGUACGGUCGAGACUAGGCAGAGAACUGGAUAUUCAAAAUCAUUCCAUUAGGCAAACCAUUAAGGCUUGUAAGUCACGCGGAUUGAACAAGAUUUGCGACAAACUUCCAAUCAGAGGAGUGCAAAUAUUUUAAACGUGGUGUUUUGUGUUGUUUCUCUUCAUACCUUUUUUUUUACUGAUAAUGCAUUUUAAAGUUGCUGUGGAAAUUCCUAUCUUAUUUUUUUGUUUCAAUCUAUUCUAUAAGCACACCAUUAGCCCAUUUUUAUCUCAGGACAAGUAUCGUUUUUUUUUUUAUUUUACAAAAGCACCAAUGCUAGAUUUGCAAGUACAGUUUUAGUUGAUAUGAUCGUGUGCACAGAUUUGAUUCGAAUAACGGAUGCAACAAUCAGCAAUCAACAAAACAGAAAAAGCUUUGAAUCUUCCGUUCAGUUCCUGGGAGCUUCGAUUUAUGUUUCACUGGAGCGCUUUAUGAUCUCGAAUGAAUUGCAUGCGCGCGCGUGCGUGUUUGUGUGUUAUUAAACCGUUCGCAAGCAAAUCUGUACUAUCUAUCACGUAGGUUAUUUUAAUUUUAAUAAACAUGCACGCACACGCAGACAAACCGUGGCCCAUCCCGUCGAGGAUGUGGUCGGUUAAGCAAUCAUCCCUUUUAUUGCCUUUCCAUUAAUCCAUAAAUGCCAUUCAGCUUUAUUAAUAUAGCAAUGUUAUAGUUGUUACGCGUUUAGUGAUUAAUUACUUGUUUCAUUAAGUCAUAUCCUGCUCUUUUUUCAAUGGUUUGUUUCGGGGUUUUAAUGUUUAUGUUUCUACAAAUGUCCAGUGGUAUGGCUAGCAAUUCCAUAUCGUACAUGUUUCUGCGUGUUUUUAAAAUCAUAAUCACGAUGUUUGUUGUUUGACAUUGAACAGCCAACAGCAAUAAAACCAACUUUUGUUGUAUCCGAGAGAUGUUACAGCAAAACGUAAAUUGAAACCAAUUUACACUCUCUUCCUCUCCCUCCAAUUGCUCAUUCGCUCCCGGUAGAUUUUAGUUGUGUUCAAUGUUGCGUUGCCGAAUGCAACGAAUGCGUAACAAACAAAACAAACAUAAAGAAGAAAAAAAAACGCUAAACCUAUUGAAUGUGAUUUUGGUACAAUAUUAGCUUAGAGGAAAUCGAUAAAUUGAAACGUUUUGUAUGUAGUAUGUGUGUGUGUGUGUGCAUGUGUGGUAAAAAGGAUAAAAAAUAUGUUUCUAAAAAAAUCGUAAAACAAAAUCCGUCAUCCUGGCGCGUCGGUAGAAAAGUAGUUGCGGUGGCGUAUGCAUUAAUGCGCAGGGAAUAAUACAAAUACGAGCACUUUCCAUAAUCGACACAGCAGAACAGACCCCAGCACGUGUCGCGGAUGGAAGUGACGAUUGCAGGAAGCUAAUUAUAUCUUAAAUGAUUAUCAAUAAGAAGACAAGUACAUUUUAAAAUGGGAUCAAUGGAUAGGUUUAAAGAGAGAAUCACGCUUAUGAUGCGCGCUUGUGAUGGUUUUCGUAUUUCAGUCUCUUUUUGUAGUGUUUUUUCUCUCCUUUCUUUCUUUCUUGUUUCACUUUGCAAACUUUCUACCGCUCCCUGUAGUUUGUAACACUAGCCUCUAAUUACAAAAAAAAAACCAAAACCCGGAAAAGUGCUAUCUUUUCGGGAUAGGAGCAAAAAAAACUCUCUCACACACACGGGCUUUUAUAUAUAAGCCGCGCAGAAUGUUUUUUGGACAAUAUGUAAAACUAACUGUAACUUUCGUACGACACGGCACAAAUUCUACUGCUAUAGUAGCACCCACUGUUGUUGUAAAAUCUCAUCUCACCUAUCGAAACCACACCACACCACACUAUGCACGCUAUGUUGUAAUAUCGCCUGUAACAGAACUGCCGUGAAUGUGUAAAAUCCGUGACCGUGUGAAUGAGACCGCGUGUGUGUGAAUGCGUACGAUUAUCAGGCCGCAUUAUCAGGCGACGCCGACAAUCGUUUGUGUGUGCAAGGAUAUGCCGAAUGAAUGGGGUAAUUAUUAACAAAGAAGAAAAGUGUUUAAGUAAACAAAGUAACAGCAAAGCAUUAUUGUGUGCCCCUCCUACAUUCUGGACUGAUCUUUAUAUAUAUACAUAUGAUAAAAACAAAAAAAACAAAAGUACAUAUAAAUAUAUAUAUACAUUACGGUAAAGCAGACGUGUACAAUGCAAUGAAAAACAAACAAACAAAACGAACGAAUAAAAAGAAAAGGGAACGCUCGAAAAGAGUAUGCGUAUUACCAUAUAUCGAACCAUUUUCCACCCCCAGCGCUAAAAAAAAAGAAAAGAACAACAACAUUCCACAGUAUUGUCACUAACCCCUUUGAAGCCAAAUAGCGAAAAAUGCAUGUAAACUUAAAUUACACCAAAUAAUACAGAAACAAAUGAGAGUGCAGCACACCACACAGAGAGAGAGAGAGAGAGCAGUGUGAAUGCCAUCGCCAUUCAGGUGGUGUACAUUCUGAAAUGGAGAAAAAAAUCAAACAAAAUAACAAAAAAAUAAACUAAACUAUAGCAAAACUAAAUGUGCGCAAUUUUGCUGUAGCGUGUGUGUAGAGUGACGUGACUUUUAGUGGUUUCCAUGUUGAAUAAUAAGAGAAAAAGCGAAGAAAACAGAGAGAGAGAGAGAUAGGAAGGAAGGGAAAAAUAGGAACAAACAAAAACAUAAGAAAAUACAUCCGCCCUGUUUAGUAGUCUUUAAAAUGCCACUAGCCUUGGUUGUUGCAACAAAAGGCAUAAGCGUGUGAAAACAAACAAAAAAUGCAACAGAAACAAAAUAGAAUUUCCUGCAUACAAAAGUCACAACCAAAAGAAACAUAUAAACCAUCGGCAGCGUUCUAAAUACACCCGUACACUCACACAUUACCUUGUAUCUUCCUUAUAUUUUAACAAUGUUCAAUAUUCAUUAGUAAAUGGGUGACCGAAAUCAAUCACUGCUAGAUAAUAGACAGGGCAGGGACAGAUGUGCAUGAAAGUAUAGAACAACAA